AUGGAAUUAUCGAGAGCUAUCUCCUCCUCAUCAUCAUCUUCAAACACGAAUAACAACAAUAUCACGAGUAUGAUACGAGAGGAUAUUAGGAGAGUGAUUAUAGAAACUUCGGAGAGAGGGUUGCUCCAUACAUCUAAAUGGCUAGGAGAGCAACUGAUAUCACUUCCGAUAGAGACUUUGAAUUUGCCAACGGUACAAAAUGCAAAAACAAUCACAACUAAUACGAUUCAACCAAAUGAACAAAUAUUAUAUGAUCAUUUUGUUUUUGCUAAAACAUUAUUUGAAUCUAAAGAAUACGCUCGGUGUGCUUUUAUUUUACAAAAACAAACAAAGCCUUUCACAAAUGAAUUAUCUAAAAAUUCAAAAGGAUUAUCAUCAUUCUGCAAAAAGUGUCUCUUUCUAGAGUAUUACUCUUUAUAUUUAUCGGGUGAACAAAUGAAAGAACAAGAAGUAUUGGAAUAUAGUUUAAAUAAUUCUUCUACGUCUACGGCUGGUGGUGUUGGCGCCUCCGCCAACGCUCAUCAUCAAAUGAUUCACCAACAGCGCACCCAACAAAAACAUCACAAUCAAACCCAAAACAAAUAUUUACGGACACUCCUGGCAGAUUUGAAAGUUUUACACAAUCUAGACCAAAUGGACUCGUAUUUGUAUUACAUUUUCGGAAUUGUACUCAAAGAAAUGGAGAUGAAAAUUAAGGCUUUGGAUUGCUUUAUCAAAAGUGUAAAUUAUGAGCCAUUAAUGUGGGGCAGUUGGAUUGAAAUGGUUUACAUUUUGAUAGAUUUAAUGCAAGACACUACUCAAAAUGAUCAAAACAAUCAAGCAGGUCUACUUCCAGCAACUUUUAAAAAAUUUAAAAGCAGCACAAAACAACACUGGAUGAUGAAGAUAUUCAAAUCUCGGCUACAAUUAGAGACGCUUUCCAAUCAAGGAAGUUUCACUCAACUCGAUUAUGAAGAGACAACGAGCAAUGAAAAUCAAACUUAUAAUCUCAUUCAAGAACUCUCCACUCAGUUCCCUUAUUCAAAUUAUUUAUUUUCUCAGCUCGCCAUGCUCAGUUAUCACCAACAAGAUUUCCAACAGGCACAAGAAUUUUUCGAACACAUUAAGAAGAAUGACCCCUAUCGAUUAGAGUGUCUAGAUACCUACUCGAAUAUUUUGUACGUGAGAGAAGAGAAAGCAGGUUUAAGCAAAUUGGCUCAUCAACUUCACUCAAUUGACAAGUAUCGAGUUGAGACAUGUUGUGUCAUUGGAAAUUAUUAUAGCUUGCGAGGAGAGCAUGAGAAGGCGGUCCUGUACUUUAAGAGAGCUCUCUCAUUGGAUCCUAAAUAUUUGUCAGCAUGGACGCUGAUGGGCCACGAAUACAUCGAAAUGAAAAACACCAAAGCAGCAGUGAAUGCCUAUAGAAGUGCUGUUGAGAUUCAAUCCACAGACUAUAGAGCUUGGUAUGGAUUGGGACAAACGUAUGAAAUGCUUGACAUGUCUGAUUAUGCUCUCUAUUAUUAUAGCAAGUCGUGUAGCUUGAGGCCGUACGAUGGAAGAAUGUGGGCUGCUCUUGCCAAUUGCUAUGAAUCUUUGGAACAGUACGAUGACGCUCUCAAAUGCUAUCAGCGUGCUUUUGAUAAUCGAGGAGAACAAUUAAGCACUCUAUUGAAAAUGGCAAACAUCUAUCGAAGAUUGGAUCAAAAUGAUCGAGCUGUUGAAUUGUAUUUGAAAUGUUUAGGUCAUUCACCGAAUAGUGUCUCUGGAGACGAAGAUCAACAACUCUCGUCACAACUUCAUCAACAAUUAAGUUCGGCUGAUGAGGCUGGAAUUUUAUUGUUCCUUGCGGAUUAUUAUUAUGAAGCAGCUCAACACGACGAACAAUAUAUUGAAAAUGUGAAACAAUAUUGUAUGCUUUUAAUGGAUGAUCGAUUUACGGGACUUCCUGAGAGAGAUUCUGCCACUCAAUUAUUGCAUUCCUUAAAUGGAGGAACAAGUCUCAAUAACACCAUGGCCACAACGUCGACCUCUCAUCGUUCCACACUAUUUGGUCAAGACUCGGUAUUGAUGUCUCGAGAACAGCAGCAACAAUCAAGAGUAUUCGGUGGUGGGGUUCUCAAUCCACAAGACUACUCAAUUGGUGGUAGUGAUGCUCUGAAUUUCUUGCAGUAG